AUGAAAAUUGCUUUUGUUCAUCCAGAUCUUGGAAUAGGAGGAGCAGAGAGGUUUACUGUGGAUGCAGCAGUUGGGCUUCAAACACUGGGUCAUGAUAUUGUAAUUUACACAAGUCAUUGCAGUCAGGAUCACUGUUUUGAUGAGGUUAAAAAGGGGAUUGUUCAAGUAAAAGUGCGCGGCAGUGGAAUUCCAACAAAGAUUUUUGGGAAAUUUUCUAUUUUAUGUGCAAUUUUUCGCCAACUUUAUCUUUCUGUCUGUAUGCUUUUAGAAAAAGAUAUUUAUGAUGUUAUUAUUAUGGACUUGUUACCAUUUAGUGUGCCUUUAUUGCAAAAAAAGUGCUUGAAGCUUUUGUUUUAUUGUCAUUUUCCUGAUAAAUUGCUGGCUAGACGUGAUAGUUUUUUGAGAAAAGUUUAUCGUCUUCCUUUUGAUUGGAUUGAGGAAUGGACGCUGCUGAUGGCUGACAGAGUGCUUGUAAAUAGUUGUUUUACUGCAUCAAUUGUUCGAAAAGUUUUUCCGAAUAUCAAAGAUCUUACUGUAUUAUACCCUAGUAUUAAUAUAUAUCAAGAAAUAGUUCUAGAUGAGCCGCUUUUGAUACGUCGAAGUUAUAUUCACUUGAUUUUGUCUAUAAAUAGGUUUGAACGAAAAAAAGACAUUGCUUUGGCAAUAAGGUCUUAUUCUCGCUUUAAGGGGAUUUCAUGUUCUUCUAAAUGUUGCUUGAUUAUUGCUGGUGGAUAUGAAUCGAGAAUUGAAGAAAACGUCCAAUACCAUAAUGAACUUGUUGAUUUGUGUAAUUGUUUUUCACUAAAGUCAAAAACUUUUCGACAUCCAUAUGUAUUUCCUUUAGACUUUUCAGGAUAUGACGUUGUUUUUUUGCUUUCUAUAUCUACAACAUUGAAGAACUGUCUUCUUCGAGAAGCGUCCAUACUUCUAUAUACGCCUCCAUAUGAGCAUUUUGGAAUCGUGCCUCUUGAAGCUAUGCUUCAUAGGACUAUUGUUUUAGCUCAAAAUAAUGGGGGACCUUUAGAGACAAUUGACGAUAGUGUUACCGGUUGGUUAAGAAAACCUGAUGAUGAUGAAUGGGCAUAUACAUUAGAAAAUGUUCUCUUUAAAUUAACAGAUGAUGAACGUGCUGCAAUGGGUGAAAGGGGUAGACAGAAAGUCAUAAAUCUUUUUUCUAGAGAAAAUAUGGCGCAAACCUUGGAAGGCUAUAUUUUGGAAACAAAUAGGGUACGUUCAGUUAACUUUCUGCCUUUCCUUAUUGCUAUUUUCUUUAUAAUUACUUUGUUUUAUUUAUUUUAAAAGAAAAAAUUACUUCAGACUAGCAUGCUUUUGAAAAUACAAAAUAUGUCUUUAUAU